AUGGAGAACCGAGUCGCAGAGAAUGUUCUCGGUACCCUAGGUGCAGUGUGCUGGUCUAUCCAAUUACUUCCUCAAAUAAUCAUCAAUUACAGAAGACAUGAUACCGAAGGACUACAAGGCUCGAUGAUGCUCUUAUGGGCCGUCGCAGGGGUUCCUCUCGGCGUUUACAACAUCGUAGAAGAAUUCAACAUUGCUCUGAGGAUCCAGCCCCAAAUCCUGACUACGCUCAGCCUCCUCACUUGGGCGCAAUGUCUAUACUAUGGGAAGAAAUACCGAAUCACGAAAUGCUGUAUUGCAGUCACGUCACUUCUUCUGCUAUUGGGGGGCAUCGAAGCUGGUCUGAUAUUUGCCUUGCGCGCUGCCAAAAACCGUGGGCUGGAAUGGCCUCUCAUCCUGAUGGCAGUCUUGAGCGCUUGUCUGCUUGCAGCGGGUGUGCUCAGACAUUACUGGGAUAUCUAUGUUCACCGAACUGUCCGUGGAAUCAGUUUCAUUUUUGUCGGGAUUGAUGCUGCGGGGGACUUGUUUUCUCUGGUUUCGGUUUUGUUUGGGUCAACUAUCGAUGUCCUGGGGAUAGUCAUCUAUGGGACUGAAUUGACCCUUUGGGUGGGCAUAUUCAUUUGCGGCGGGGUCUUUAACCUUCGGCCUUGGAUAAAGGAGCGAUCUAAGCAGCAGGAGGUUAAUCCAUCGGAACCCUUGUCUUUGCAUCCAAUGCCAUCGUCGACUUCGGUCUUUAGGACCGCAUCUGGAUCUCAGGUCGUGCAGAGGAGGCCAUGGGAUAGUCCAUCAUGA